UCUAAAUAUUUUAGAACAAAUUCAAGAUGGCGACUGUAGCUGGUGCCACGGUUGAUACCAUGUGGGAGCACCGGGAGGUCCGAUUUGAUAUUCUCCUACCACAAAUGAAGAUGCGCCCAGGAGAGUUAUUAUUGGAUAAACUAGACAGUAUAGAAGAUACUAAGGGAAAUGCAGGAGACAGGGGGAGGAUGCUGAUCACCAAUAUCAGAGCAAUCUGGCAUUCACAAACCAUGCCGAGAGUUAGUCUUUCAAUUGGCUACAACUGUAUUCUGAAUCUGACAACCAAAAAAGUGAACUCCAAGCUUCGAGGGAUUACUGAAGCUCUUUAUAUUCUUACAAAAUGCAACCAAAUAAUAGUAAUAAUAAGGUUUGAGUUUAUAUUUACCAACCUUGUACCUGGGAAUGCUCGCCUAUUCACAUCAUUGAUCGGAGUUUACAGGGCAUUUAACUCCAGUAAGAUGUAUAGAGAGCUAAAACUUAGAGGAGCCAUUCUUGAGGACUCAGCUCUUAAACUUCUUCCUUUAGAAGAGAUAGUCUCAACUAUAAAUGGAGUUUGGAAUCUUUCCAGUGACCAGGGAAACCUAGGGACGAUGAUUGUAACGAAUGUUCGAAUUGUCUGGUUUGCGAACUUGAACGAUCUUUUCAACAUCUCUAUUCCAUACAUUCAGAUUGCUUCGGUUCGUCAGAGAGAAUCCAAGUUUGGAACUGCUCUAGUCAUUGAAAGCUCGGAGUUAAGUGGAGGCUAUAUUUUAGGAUUUAGGAUUGACCCUGGGGAGAAGUUAGUUAGUAUUCAGAAGGAAAUAUCUUCUCUUCUAGUUUUGUACUCAGCAACUCCAAUAUUCGGAGUUGAAUAUGUUUCCCAGGAUGAACCAUUGAAGGAGGAGGACUUAAUCCCAGUGGUUGACAACAUGGAUGAGAUCAACGAAAUUGAUGAAUAUAACGAGGAAACUAACGAUGCAUUUGCUGCGUAUCUUGCUGAAGGAUCUCAGAAGGAUCGUGAAGUUGUUUUCUCUAGAGAGCUAGGCCUAGCUAUAGAGAAGUUGAAGGAUGGGUUUACCCUGGAAAGCUUGUGGUCUGUGUUACCCCCAGAACCGAACAAGAAGCAUCUGCUAGACUAAAAAUGACCGUUCAGCGUUUAAUGUUAUAGAAAUACAUCGUUUUCAUCAUUGCACACAACAUAAUACAUGAACAAAAUAGAUUUGAUUACCUCGAGAUUAUAGUUAUAUGAACAAAUAAAGAGAAAGCUAGUAAAUUAUA